AUGGAUCCAUUUGGAGACGACAACGCGGUCGAAGAGGGCGUGUCUCAAGAAAUCGGGGACUUUGUGCCUUCCAGGGUCGCAAUUGGAGACUUUUACGAAGUGGAGCCAGUCGAGACCGAGACAACCGACACGUACGAGAAUCAGAUGGAAGCUUCUCAGACUUUUGAAGCCAGUCAUCAUCAAAUGGAAGAGUCGUCAGGAUACUCAUUCGAGCAGUACGGAGAGGGGCCUGUCCACGCUCCGACGAGCAUGGAAAGUUCGGGGCACAUUCCGUUUAUUGAGGAGGAAAACGAGCUCACCGUGUUUAUGCGCGAGUACGAGCAGAAGAUAGCGCUCAAGGCGCAGGAGCAGGAGCAAGUGGCGGUCGAGUGCAAGGCGAAAGCGGAAGAAGGCAUGGCGCAGUUUGUUGCAGAGCGGCAGCGCAUCAAGGAGGCCAAGAUGCAGGCGAACCGUGUGGUUGAACAAGCUGCGCUGGAGAAGAUGGCGGCCGACCUGGAGAGUGAGAACCCGUGGGAGCGUGUGGUGACGCUCGUGGACCUGGAGAUGAAUCGCAAGAAGAAGCUCGAGGCGCUGGAUACGAAAAAAGACUCGAAAGAGCAGGACCCGAAGCUGGUGGCCGUACCUGCGAAGAAAACGUCCGUGGACGAGGAGGAUGUCUCAAGGAUGCGCCAAAUGUUCGUGCAGCUCAAGACCGCGCCGCUGGAACAGACGCGGGCUAGUGCUGUAGCAGCGAACUAG